GACAGUACCCACAUUUACUGCUGAGCCUGAGUGAAUCUGCAAGCGUAUCGAGACGAGAUGACCACAGCCACAAAUCACUCCAGAUCCACAAUAAUACUUGCUGCUUCUCUCCUUGGUCUCUGGCUCUCUGCGGCGACUUUUAGAGGUGGUCUCCUCCCAAUCUGCGACGGUGACGGCGACGGCGCCAAAGGGCUGGAUCUGUUGAACACUCUCGCUUAGCAGAGGGCAUUGCCAACUGGAGGAGAAGAGUUGCUGCUCAGUGUUGGAGGGGAUGUGGAUUUAUAACGUGCACAACUGGAAAUAUUCUCCACUAGUUCAUCUUGGGUAGCCGUUGCAAAGGACUCUGCGAAUUGGAUACGAAGAGCUGCUGUUCAGGAAGUUCAACCCAAGGACGGUGCUAUAGUGGUGUGUAGAUCGGGAGCAAAGACAAAUAAACGUUGACAUAUGGAGGCUGCUACUGGGGCGUUGAGCCCUGCCCUGCGUAAGCUCGGUGAGCUGCUCGCUGGAGAAUACAACCUGGAGAAGCGAGUAAAGAAAGGUGUACAAUCACUUCGUACAGAACUGGAGAUGGUGCACGCCGUACUUCGUGAGGUUGGCAAGAUGCCACUGAAUCAGCUCCAGGAGCCGGUCCAGAUUUGGGCUGGCAAGGUGAGAGACCUGUCUUGCGACAUGGAAGACGCUGUUGACGACUUCCUGGUGCGUGUGGGUGAGGGUUCAGGCAGCAAGCCAACGGACAUGAGGAGUCGAAUCAAUAAGUUCCUCAAGAAGACCACCAAACUGUUUGGUAAGGGCAAAGCACUUCAUCAAAUCUGUGAUGCCAUCAAAGAAGUUCAGGAUCUUGCCAAGGAGUUGGUUGAGCUGCGUAAAAAGUAUGAGCUUGACAUGUUUAGCUCUACCAACGGUGCUACCAUUGACCCUCGUGUGUUAGCUCUACAAAAAGAUGUAGGGGAGCUUGUUGGACUUGACCGCACAAGGGAUGAACUUAUUAAAACACUGAUUUGUGAGAACGGGAGUUCCAAGGAGCACUUGAAGACAAUCUCUAUUGUUGGUGUUGGUGGCCUAGGCAAGACAACCCUCACCAAAGUAGUUUUCGAGACGAUCAAAGUCCAAUUUGAUUGUGCAGCUUUUGUCCCGGUGGGUCAGAACCCAGAUAUCAGGAAAUUUUUCAAAGACCUACUCUAUGGCCUCGACAAAGAGAAGUUCAAAGACAUUCAUAAUACAACAAGAGAUGAGAAAUUACUCAUGGAGGAAAUCAGUGAAUUCCUUCUGGAUAAGAGGUACCUCGUCGUAAUUGAUGAUAUAUGGGAAGAAGAAAUAUGGAGAUGUAUAAAUUGUGCUUUGUGUAAAAACAAACUCAAUAGUCGGGUAAUCACAACAACCCGUAAUAUGAGUGUGUCUGAAGCAUGUCUCUCUUCCAGUGAUGACAUGAUUCACCAAAUGAAACCUCUUUCUGAUGAAGAUUCACAGAUACUCUUCAAUAGAAGAAUAUUUCAAAGCAAAGAGAAAUGUCCAGAAGAUUUGCAAGUAGUAUCGAGAGAUAUAUUGAAGAAAUGUGGGGGUGUACCAUUGGCCAUCAUUACAAUAGCUAGCCUCCUGGUUAGUAACCAAAAGAUAAAGCAAAAAGAUGAAUGGGUGCAUGUGUGCAAUUCGAUGGGCCGUGGACUUACACAAGGUGGUAUUGUGAAGGACAUGAAGAGGAUAUUAUCACUCAGCUAUUAUGAUUUGCCAUCCCAUCUGAAGCCUUGUUUAUUAUACCUAAGCAUCUUUCCUGAAGACUCUGAGAUUGAGAGAGAUUGGUUGAUAUGGAGGUGGCUUGCAGAAGGUUUUAUCCAGUGUGACAAAGAAGAAAGCAAGUGUGACAAAGAAAAAAGCAGGCUAUUUGAGAUCGGAGAGAGCUACUUCAACGAGCUCAUGAAUAGGAGCUUGAUCCAGCCUGCGAAAACCAAUGAUGAAGGAGUGGUAGUAACUUGCCAUAUACAUGAUAUGGUGCUUGACCUUAUAUGCUCACUGUCAAAUGAGGAGAAAUUUGUCUCCAUGUUGGAUAAUGUUCAGUGGCAUGCACCUAAUCUGCAAAAGAAAUUUCGCAGGCUAUCACUUCAUAAUAUCAACGCAAAGGUUCAGAACCAUCAGUUUGAUAGCACUAGCCUGGCAAAAGUGAGGACCUUUGCUGUUUUCUCUCCUGUUACCUGUGAUUGGUUGCCAUCUCUCUCAAGCUUCCAAUUUUUACGUGUGCUGGAUCUUGGAAAUUGUGGAAGCCGUGAAAGUAGCUCUGGUAUCAGUCUCAAGUAUGUGGGGAAUUUUAUUCACCUAAGGUACCUAGGGCUCGAGGAUGCAGAUGUUUGCAAACUCCCAAUGGACAUAGGCAAGUUGCAGCUUUUGCAGACACUGGAUGUAAGAGACACUAGUAUAAAAGAAUUACCUGCAAGUGUUAUUCAGCUCAGAAAUUUGAUAUGCCUAUGUGUCAAUUCGGAGGUGAGGCUGCCAAAAGGAAUGGGGAACCUGACAUCCCUCGAAGUGCUAGAACAAGUAGGCUUAUCCUCAUCUCCUCACAUUGUGAAAGAGCUGAGGCAUCUGACAGAGGUUAGGAGUAGGACACUCAGUGUUGACUGUGAUAACAUGGACGAGGAUUUGAUUGAUGUAUUAAUCGAGUCUCUAGGCAACCUGCACAAAUUGCAAAAUCUACGUAUUGUUUAUUGCGGCAGAUUGAUAGAUCGCAUGUGUGAAAGCUGGGUGCCCCCUCCAAACCUCCGUAGUUUUGUUUCACGGGGCAGCUCCUAUUCUCCUUCGUGGUUCUCGCGACUUCCGAAGUGGAUUAAUUCAAGUUUGCUUCCCCACCUCUCCCGCCUGGAAAUAGAUGAACUGCAAGGGGAUGACAUUCAGAUCAUUGGGAUGCUGCCUGCUCUUCGGUUUCUGCGGCUGCGUGCAAGUCGCGUGAUGGGAACGUUGGUUGUGAGGGCCGAUGCAUUCCCAUCUGCGAGAUGCUGCAUCUUCAGAGGGUUUCCGACGGGGCCGUGCCUUUUCCCACCUGGAGCUAUGCCAAGGGUUCAGCACCUUGUGUUCAAGGUCUCCGCACCGUCGAUCGCAAGCGGUGAGGUUGACUGCGGCCUGGGGCACCUCCCUUCUCUCGAGCAUGUUCAGGUUUGUCUGGAGCGUGAGAAUUCCAGCGAUGAAGAGACGGAGACAGCCAAGGCUUGGCUGAGGCGCGCAGGAGAAGCCCAUCCAAAACGUCCCACCAUUGAAAUCAAGCAUAACUAUUGGCAGCUGAGCUGCUAGUGACAUACCUUUGCGGCUCUGCGACUGUUUCCCCGUUUCAGGCCUUCAAUGAAAUCCUGGAGUCAGGUACUGUUCCAACACUACGGUAUAUAGGCAACACUGCAGGUAGCAGGCAGGCUAGCAGCAACUCAGGUGAUUCGUGUACGGCUACAACUCCAAAUAAGGAGGGCUCAUUCUCUCCACCUAUGUUGGGAUUCUGUUCUUUGCUAGACAGAGGCUUCCGCGUGUAGUUCAUGUACUAGUUAUUUUUCUGCAUAUGCUUUCAGCAAUGCAGUACCGCAGCCUUGUUAGUUCCUUACUUAUUGUCACUGUUAAUUUUCUUGGGUCGGCUAUAAUUGGGACUCCCUUUUCUUUAUCCAGUCUGCCCCUUUUUAAUUUGUAAUGCUACCUCUACAUUUAAAUUUCUUCAUUUGCUUGUUCACAUAGAACAGUGUUAUGUUUUUAUUUGCUUAAUGAAGAGCACCUGGGUAGUUGGUUGAA